AUGUGCAAUAAGUUAGCUUCAUCUUAUUUUAAUGUUUUAUUUUUACUCUUUCUAAUUGCUUUAUUUCUCAAAAAAUUCACUAUUUUCUCUCUCUGUUUUUCCGCUCUCUCCUUGUCUUUUCCUUUCUCUCUCUUUCUCUACCUCUCCUUUUUCUCUCUCACUCUCUGUAUCUUUUCCUUUUCUCUCUUUCUAUCUUUUCAUUUUCUCCCUUUCUGUCUUUUACUUUUCUCCCUUUCUGUCUUUUACUUUUCUCUCUUUCUCUCUCUUUUACUUUUCUCUCUUUCUCUCUCUUUUACUUUUCUCUCUUUCUCUCUCUUUUACUUUUCUCUCUUUCUCUCUCUUUUACUUUUCUCUCUUCUCUCUUUUACUUUUCUCUCUCUUUUACUUUUCUCUCUCUCUUUUACUUUUCUCUCUCUCUCUCUUUUUACUUUUCUCUCUUCUCUCUUUUUACUUUUCUCUCUUCUUCUCUCUCUUUUACUUUUCUCUCUUCUCUCUCUUUUACUUUUCUCUCUUCUUCUCUCUCUUUUACUUUUCUCUCUUCUUCUCUCUUUUACUUUUCUCUCUUCUUCUCUCUCUUUUACUUUUCUCUCUUUCUCUCUCUUUUACUUUUCUCUCUCUUUUACUUUUCUCUUUCUCUCUCUUUUUUUUCUCUCUUUCUCUCUCUUCUCUCUUUUCUCUCUCUCUCUCUUUUUUCUCUCUCUUUUCUCUCUCUUUUUACUUUUCUCUCUCUUUUACUUUUCUCUCUCUUUUACUUUUCUCUCUCUUUUACUUUUCUCUCUCUUUUUCUUCUUUACUUUUCUCUCUCUUUUCACUUUUCUCUCUCUCCAUUCCCUUCCUCUCUCUCUCUCUCCAUUCCUUCCUCUCUCUCUCUCUCAUUCCUUCCUCUCUCUCUCUCUCUCCAUUCCUUCCCCUCUCUCUCUCUCUCCAUUCUCUUCCCUCUCUCUCUCUCCAUUCCCUCCUCUCUCUCCAUUCACUUCCUCUCUCUCUCUCUCUCCAUUCACUUCCUCUCUCUCUCUCUCUCUCCAUUCACUUCCUCUCUCUCUCUCUCCAUUCACUUCCUCUCUCUCUCUCCAUUCACUUCCUCUCUCUCUCUCCAUUCACUUCCUCUUUCACUCUCUCUCUCCAUUCACUUCCUCUUUCACUCUCACUCGGUCUUUUCCAUUCUGUACAUCUCAGCCUUUUCUCUUUCUUUUCUUUGCUUAUUUCAGCACCCUCCUUUAUUGUAUAACUCUCUCCCUCUCUCUGUCUCUAUCUAUUUACAUCUAUUUCUACCUUGUUUUGUUGUUCAAUUUCUUUCUCUCAUUCUCUCUCCUCCUUUCUGUCUUGUUCCGUCGUUCUCUCUCCUCCUUUCUGUCUUGUUCCGUCGUUCUCUCUCCUCCUUUCUGUCUUGUUCCGUCGUUCUCUCUCCUCCUUUCUGUCUUGUUCCGUCGUUCUCUCUCCUCCUUUCUGUCUUGUUCCGUCGUUCUCUCUCCUCCUUUCUGUCUUGUUCCGUCGUUCUCUCUCCUCCUUUCUGUCUUGUUCCGUCGUUCUCUCUCCUCCUUUCUGUCUUGUUCCGUCGUUCUCUCCCUCCUUUCUGUCUUGUUCCGUCGUUCUCUCCUCCUUUCUGUCUUGUUCCUCUCUCCUCCUUUCUGUCUUGUUCCGUCGUUUCUCCUCCUUUUUCUGUCUUGUUCCGUCGUUCUCUCUCCUCCUUUUCUGUCUUGUUCCGUCGUUCUCUCUCCUCCUUUUCUGUCUUGUUCCGUCGUUCUCUCUCUCCUUUCUGUCUUGUUCCGUCGUUUCUCUCCUCCUUUCUGUCUUGUUCCGCCGUUUUCUCUCUCCUCCUUUCUGUCUUGUUCCGUCGUUCUCUCCUCCUUUCUGUCUUGUUCCGUGUUUCUCCUCCUUUCUGUCUUGUUCCGCUCGUUUCCUCCUCCUUUCUGUCUUGUUCCGUUCUCUCCUCCUUUCUGUCUUGUUCCGCCGUUUCUCUCCUCCUUUCUGUCUUGUUCCGUCGUUCUCUCUCCUCCUUUCUGUCUUGUUCCGUCGUUCUCUCUCCUCCUUUCUGUCUUGUUCCGUCGUUCUUUCUAUAAUGUUCUGCCUAUUUAUUUCUAUGCAUGUAUCUAUCUAUCUAUCUAUCUCUUUCCAUCAGGGCAGAUUUUAUUUUUUCCAUAA